CGGUGAUGGGCGCGGAGGCUUAGCCCGCGAAGGCGCUCCGCGGCGGCUGGAGCGGGAGAGCGGCGCUGGUGGCGGCGGUGCGGGAUGGGACGGAGCGCGGCGUCAGAUAAAGCCACCUGAACGUGCUAGCAAGUUACAGAACAGCUGUCUUCUCAAAGGUGUAAACAGAGAGGAUAUUCCCUACUUCCUUUUUUAAAUGGGAGCUGCAGCCUGUCUGCUUCUGCAGUGGGAAAGGGAAACCUUUUGAGAGGGUGAAGAAGCUGGAGAGAAGGUUGUGAACCAUGCCUUUGGUGAAAAGGAACAUUGAACCACGGCAUCUCUGCCGAGGAGCUCUGCCAGAGGGAAUCACUAGUGAACUGGAAUGUGUAACGAAUAGCACCCUUGCUGCUAUCAUACGCCAGCUUAGCAGCUUAAGCAAACAUGCUGAAGAUAUAUUUGGUGAAUUGUUUAAUGAAGCCAACAGCUUCUACAUCAGAGCAAAUUCCCUUCAAGACAGAAUUGAUCGCCUUGCUGUCAAAGUUACACAGCUGGAUUCAACAGUAGAAGAGGUAUCAUUGCAGGAUAUCAACAUGAAAAAAGCAUUCAAGAGCUCAACAAUUCAAGAUCAGCAGGUAGUUUCAAAGAACAGCAUUCCUAACCCCGUGGCUGAUAUUUAUAAUCAGAGUGACAAACCACCACCUCUGAAUAUUCUUUCACCUUAUAGGGAUGAUAAGAAAGAUGGAUUGAAGUUCUAUACUGAUCCUUCCUAUUUUUUUGAUCUUUGGAAAGAAAAAAUGUUACAAGAUACUGAAGAUAAGCGAAAAGAAAAGAGGAGACAAAAGGAGCAAAAACGUAUAGAUGGCACCACCCGUGAGGUGAAAAAGGUUAGAAAAGCCAGGAACAGACGCCAGGAAUGGAAUAUGAUGGCAUAUGACAAAGAGCUUAGACCUGACAACAGGUUGUCUCAAAGUGUGUACCAUGGAGCAUCUUCCGAGGGAUCACUGUCCCCAGAUACUAGGUCCCAUGCAUCUGAUGUUACAGAUUAUUCUUAUCCUGCUACUCCGAAUCAUUCCCUCCAUCAGCAGAUAGCAAUGCCUUCAUAUGGAACGGGAGAUGGUCCACAGUACAUGGCAGCAUCCCAAAGCCAUGAGCAUGAAUACAGACCACCUUCCACCACUGUACGACAUGCUACUUUAAACAGACCUCAGCAACCACCUCCACCUCCACCCCAGCCUUCUGAUGGCCAGCAUAGCUCAGUACCUGUGGUACCAGCAGAAUAUGGGAUGCUUCCAGCUCAGAUGGUGGAUUAUUACAAUCCUACAGGUCCUCCCCCUCCACCUCCUCCUCCUCCUAUGAUUCCUUCCGCACAAACUGCAUUUGUUAGUCCCCUUCAACUUCCUGUGCCACCUUCCCAUUCUGGACCGGUGACUGGCUCUGCAUAUGCAGCUACUCAUCCUCCUCCUUCUAGUGGGCUUAUUGUCACUGCUCCUCCUCCUCCUGGCCCACCUCCUCCCCCUCCAGGCCCUCCUGUUACAGGUUCAUCCCUCUCUUCCUCCCCAAUGCAUGCUCCUCCAGCUAUGGAGGCAAAACGUCAUGAACCCACACAGCCACCAAUAAGUGAUGCACGGAGUGACCUUCUUGCUGCCAUUCGAAUGGGAAUUCAGCUGAAAAAGGUGCAGGAGCAACGUGAGCAAGAAGCAAAGCGUGAGCCUGUUGGAAAUGAUGUGGCAACCAUCCUUUCGAGACGCAUUGCUGUGGAAUACAGUGAUUCUGAUGAUGAUUCAGAGUUUGAUGAGAAUGAUUGGUCAGAUUGAACCUGGUCCAGGCCUCGUGGCAAGUUCAUUAAAUACUUGGCUUCAGUGAUUGCUUUCUUAACAAGAUGUAAAGCAGGACGUUGACAUCUAUUAAGGGUAGUGAUCGAAGUGCUAAAAUUGAGUUGGUAUUAUUCAGAAUGCUGUAGCUUAGCAACUCUGGUAAUAAUGAUGUGAUUAUGCUUAUGCAGAUCAGAAACUUGUCUUACUUUCAGUAUUUACCGCAUAAUACUCAAGUGCCACUAAAUGUAGCAAAUGAUGUGCUGCGUGCAAAAUAUGCUGCAGUUGUUGCACUGUUACAGAACCAGCAUUUUUAUUUUAUUUCCUGAUCUUGAAGGGAUAGAAUCUAUUUUUUUGACUUCACAACUUACUCUUUAAAUUAUGUAAGCAACUGUAGGUACUUGUGAAUUGGUCUGGUUGUUAGGCUUUGAGGGCAGUUAACUAUAUGACUAAAUGGUGAGUUCCAUAAAUACGACUCUUAGUUUUUUUUAUUAGUUACUAUAAUUAUGCCCACCUUAGUCUAUUUUUAAUCAUGCUGGGCUUACGUUUUUUUGCAUACAGAAUUUUAUAUAAUGUUUCUUUUUGUCAUGAAAAAUGUAGCAGAUGAUGAAAUGUAUGCUUUGAAGAACAAAUCCACUUGAUACAAAAUCAACACUUUGUGAGCAGACUGGCUAAGCUGGUAACAGUGCCAGUUCUAGGUUGCUUGUUGCUUGCUGCUUGUUUGGUAGCACGGUGGGGGGGUCUCAGGUAGCAGCUGCAUGACCCUGUUACAAACGGAAGUUUUUGGUUUUAUGCUGCAGAUCAACUGAGAUGCAAAGAAGGUAGACCCAACUGAAGCCAUAUGGUUAUUGCAGUGUAAAAUAUUACUCAGCUAUUCCUAAAGAUUGGAACAGUCCAGAUCUAGCAAUCAGAUACAUUUCACAAGUAUUAAACUCAGUCUUUAUGUUUGUAGGUAUAAGUGUGUGUAAAUAAGUUUUGUUGUAGAUGAUUUGUACAUGUAUAGUCAUGGAAGAUCCUUUUCUGUUUCCUGUAGCAUGUUUACUCAAAACUAUUUCUUUUGAAUGUAUUUCUUUCCCAGUACCUCUCAUUGAUAAAACAUUGGCAGUUAAAGCAGUUUUAAUGGCUGUUUAGGUACUAUGCCACACACAUAUAUAUAUAUAUACAUAUAUAUAUACACACUGUUUUCCCUUUCCCUAGGAGUAGUUGCUGCCAUACAGUUUGCUUUGGCUGUCCCUGUAUUCUUUCAGAAUUCCUUUUCUUGUUUUCUACAGUACAGUAUUAAAAUGUUUUGGUUUUCCUCUCUUCAGGACUGAGAGUCAGGCUGCUGCUUUGCCUAAUGAGGCUUUUAAAAAUUCAUAGCAGGAGAAGAGUUCUUUCCUUACCAGAUUAGUUUUAAUCUUUGUAACUGAAGACUGUGUCAUUCCAGGUCUACCAUUUGGUAAAGCUCCUUUCUUCUGUGAGGCCCCAUCUGUUGUUAACAAAAAGGAUGUAAAAUAAAAAGAGAAACAGAAGAUCAUUAUCUAACCUCUGUUUACACAAUUAACAGUUUUAGUCCUGAGAUUGUAACAGUCCAACACAAUGUUUGCAUGCAAGCUAUUGGCUACUGCAUUGCUGUUUAAUCUGUGUAUGAUUUUUCAAUCAGUGGUGGCUGUCUUUGUGGUAGGGUGGUAACAUGCUGCCGCAAUGUUGGUGUUAAAACCUAUCACGGAAAGUAUGACCUAUCUCUGCAUAAUGGUGAGUAACUACAGCUCUUGGUAACUGGUGGCAGCUCAAGGUACUCAGCUCCCUUUUAGCUGGAGGUGGGUUUGUCUUUGCCUUAACAGCUGAAAGCUGCUUUAUUUUGUGUCCUGGAGUCUGAGGUCUGUAUGUGCACCACAAGGGAGAGAAGUGAGGCUGUACCCUGAUGGUGGUUCUCACCACUGUGUGAGAGAUAUUUGUUCUUCUCAUGGUGUGCUUGCACAGUGACUUGUGAGAUAAUUCUUUGGCCAGGAAGGCUCAAAGUGCACCUGGGACUGCGGUGCUAUGUGGUUGUGUAUUGGGGGGAGAAUACUUGAGGCAUUCUUCUAAUACAGGCUGAAAUGAAAUAGCUCAGCAGGAAAUUCUUUCCAUUUGACUGGAAUUUGAUACAACAGAAGGUAUAUUUUAUGAGCACAGAAGUUGGUGUGACUGAAAUUUUGUAACUUGUGUUAAUUUUAAAUAAUAAGCAUUAAAUAAGCAACCACUUGUGACCAGUAAAAAUAGUAUAGGGUUUUCAGUCAUGGUAGCCAUCCUGUCUUUCUGAACUUGCAAUGUUGUCAUUUUCCUUUCAGUAUUUUAUUAAUAAAAUGUGAAUUGAAUUUAGUGAUGUAAACUAACAUUAUUCUAGGCUGGUUUUAUAGGUUUUAUCAUACUUUGAGUUGUGAAUAAGUAACAAAUAUGAAUAAAAUCUCACUUUU